GUGGGUACUUGGGGGAGAGAACGGAGCUGACACAUUACAGAGUCGUGCCUGGUGCCGUGGGCAGGUUGUGUUUGGUUGCGCUGUAUUCCGUGGGUUAUCUGGCAGGGGGAAAUCGAAUAGGAAUCGUUCUGCUAAGGACACGCUGUGAACUACUCAAUGAAUUUGUGGAAUAAUACAUUUGGGUUGUUACUGUAGCGAUUCGGGAGCUAUAAAACGGAAUUUCACUGUGCGCGGAUCAUCAAAUAGUCGGCGGACUAUUAUGUCGAGUGCCCAAGCUGCUCUCUUCGAUUGUACUUGGGAGAUUUCGAUGACUUGGACUGUAAACAUUAAGUUCGAGCCCAGAAUACGAAAAAAUCAAAGCGAAACUAGUUGCCAUCAAGGUCGUUCCGCGUGCAAGUCUUCACUCCUUAGCUCGUCUAACAAUAAUUAACACAUUUAUUGCUCAUGAGAUCACAUUAGCAUGCACAAAAGACGCUCAUUAGAAUCCAACUACUAAUUGCGGGAAUUCACAUGAAGUUUAUUCAACGGGGUGCAUCCGCCUUUAUCUCACGCCAUCAGAUCUAAGGAAAUUUUAUUGUGUGCAUGCGAACAAACCACGUAAAAUGAAGCCAAGCCGUGCUAAGAAUGGCUACAGUUCUCGCUGCAAUUCACCCAACCAAAAUAAUUCACUUAAUCAAGCUUCGAAAAUGCAGCAGGUAAUGAACGUUGCGAAGUGAUUCACAUCGCAAAUACCAUUUUGAUCUUGAAAGGCUUGGGGUUGUCUGCAAGUUAUUACCGCAAUUAAAUGAAUGUUUGCAGUCGCAUUAUCUGCUUUGUACGUCAUAUUAUCGCUGAGAUUUUUCCAAGCCUAUACAGACACAGUGUGAAGCCGUGUUUUCGUAGCAAUUCAACGUGUUAAAGUAAAAAAAUGCACUAUCAUCACUUUGUUUGUUCGAGAUAACAACAGUGUUAUCGUUACGAUUUGUACAGAUUGUAAUCGCGGAUGUUCUACUAAAACAAGUAUGUAUACUCCCGCGAUGAUUUGAUUAUUUCUAUGAAGUAAACUAAAGUCGAGGAAAUAGAAAUUCCCCACUAAGAACGAUUUGCGGGAGUAAUUCAGUUGGAUUUAAUUAGAAUCUCAAGAUCAGUGUGAAGUGGUUUACUCUCCAGGAUCCAGAAGCUGUUCUAUGAAACAUGUUUGCAGAAAAAUCAAGCCGCCAAAAGAUGCACGGUGUCAAGCGUGUUAUCAUCUUCUGUCUCCUAAUCGUUGUACUCCCAGCUACUCUAAUAAUCGUCCCCCUAUACCUGCGCCACAGCGUUUUUGCCGAUGUUGUUUUUCCCGUCACAGAAUCCGAUAUCAUUGAAGUACGUGAUGGCAUCUCUAACAUUUUCUGUCAACAACAUUCGCUUCGCAUGAAUUCCAGCUUCAACGCGUUUCAACUCAAAACUCGUCCAGAAGUAUCGACAAAUCAUAAACAUAUCCGAUUGAAAAAGUCAAUGACACUCCCCGAUGAUACCUUAGAGUAUUGGGGUUUCUACCUGUUGAAAGGGGCACGUGUCGAGCUGAAGGUGUGUUCACGAUAUGACGGUUCUAGGAUUUUGGUUGUGAAAGGAGAUAGGAAUUUAAGGACAUGUGGUUUAUUGGAGCAUAAUCAAAAUAAAGUCGGAACACAUUUCGCUCAAGGACAUGAAAAAGUUGUUGUUACAUUUGAAACAGCCGCAGAGCUGGUUGUGUCUGAUGAAGGACUGAGCUAUGGUUAUAAAGAGCGCCAGACACAAAAAGCGGGGCACACAACUUUAGAUGAAGAGGACGAAAAUCAUGGUGGUGAGAUUCUAGAUGAAGUCAAGAGACCAGCGAAAGUUGCAGGAGAUAUUCCAACGACCUUGGCUUCUGUUGUAAAUGAUGAGGGGACUCUACCAACCACAUCUGAGAAAGCGAUUGUCAAUGCUAGUGAUAAGACUGAAAAAUUGUUGAUGUAUAAUAAUUUAGAUAAGCAAAACGAGACUGAUACACAUAAUGAUGAGAUGCGAACGAAACCCCAGCAUGAAUCAACUGCAACCGAGGAUACAACUGGAACACGACACUAUCGACAUCCGCAUACGAGGAAGAAGUCAAAGCGGCACACAUCGAAAGGAAUCUACGAGCGACAUGUUAAGCACAACCAAGAUCCAUUGCCUGUCCAUCGUAAGAGCCAUCGCAAACGCGAUGCAGUUUACAAUAGGAAAAUCAGUCAUGGUGGAAAUGCUUUAAACUUCACAGACCAGGAUUCUGGCUCAAUUUCCAGCUUCGAGAAUAGCCUUUUGACCUGCUAUGAUGGUCAGAUACUUCUCGCACAAGGUUUUCCCCCAAGUCAUCAAUGCAAUAGUGUCCGAUUUUUUGAAUCUGGGACGCAUAUGGUGUCGAGACAUGAUGUUGUCGAGGAUGGAUAUUAUUAUUAUAUAUUUUAUAGUGACAAUGAUCUGGUACGAAAUGAUAUUCAUGCCGUGUUUGAUAUUUACAAGCCGACAUUCGAAUACGCCAAUCUUACCGAUGCAAUUGUUUGUUUGAAUAGCACAAAUUGCACGUUUCCGAUUACUCUAUCCUCGGAGGAGGUGGUACUUGUUGAGGUUCCUACAAGAGAUGGUAUUGAACAUGAAGAGGAUGAUGUUACGUAUCUGAUAUCGACAUGUCAUCCACGAAUGGCAAUUUAUUUAAUAUUUCCAAUAUCUGUUUUAAUAUUAAUAUUAUCGUGUGCUUUUAUUUGAUGUGAGAAAUUAUGGUUUGUUAUUAUUUUUAAUAUCUUGCGGCGGCUUUAAAUUCACGUAGCACCAUAAAUUUACCCUGACUCAAAGCCAUCGUCACGGACAUUCAGUGAAUUUCUUAAUAUUUUCUGAACAAUUGAAAGGAAGUUGCUACUGAGAGCCGGAAAUAUCAAAAUGUUCUCAAUAUUAAUGAUGAAACAGUUAACAUUUUAAAGAGCAUGAAUAUAAUAGUUGCUAAGUGAUAAGAUAAAAGUCAAGAGAAAUAAGAUGAUAUAUAAGAAUUUUUUCUGUAAAUUCGACCUAGAUGUGCAACUAAUAAUCAAAUGUGUUAGUCAAUUGCCUCAAUAAACCGUUUGUUAAUGUGAUUUCAAACUGCACAUGUUCCAUUUUUGAUUUGUGAAAACUACAUUUGAUCAGAAAUAACAGUGGCCUAAGUUUCCUUCAUAUCCUGGGCGGUGCCUAAUUUUGAAAACAAAACAGGGGAUUUGUCCUAAACAUUCAAAUGGUAGAACAUGGAAGUCCAUUCAUCUAUAAAUUUGAUUGGUUUUCAUGUAAACUUUCCAUUUCUCUUUCAAGUCACUUUUAAAAAUAACAUCCUCUACAACGAGGAAAAGAUAUCAGAUAUAUCUCGUUACAUUAAAAUUCCACAAUCAAGCAAAAAAAUGGUUAAAAUUUGUUAAAACAAUCCAAGCAAUAGAUAGUUGGGUGCUUUAGCUAUUUUUUAGAGAGUUUUCUCAGCACUCAGCCAUUUCUUUAGCAAACAAUUGAAUUACUAAAGUUACCUGAAUACCUAGAUCAGAAGUACGAGGCUAUUUUUCAGAAGAAAGUAUACAUAUAUAAAAAUUUUGCUAAUAAAUACAAAGAAGGAGACCUAAAAAUGUAAAUUGUUGCGUUGUGAAUAAGUAGUGAUAAUUGAAUUUUAACAAGUUAAUUAUAAAGUAAGUUAGAAUAGUGAUUUUAUGAUACAAGUAGGUUUACGAAUUGGUCAGCUCAAUGAAUAAAUUAGUCAAUCAUUGAUUAUCUUGAAACUAAUAAAUGAAUUAAUUCAA